AUGCACGCCCCAGCAGCGCGAAGUGUACUUCCAGCACGACAACGCUCGGCCGCACAUUUCAAGAACGACCAAGGCCGAACUGAUGAAAUUAGAUUGGACCAUUUUGCCACAUCCAUCGCAUUCUCCACACCUGGCUCCCUCGAAUUACCACCUUUUUCCUAUCUCCAAUGUCAUCUGGAUGGUCAAGACUUCCAAACCCGCGACGACAUCAAAAAGCCACUUGAGCAGUUCUUCAAGGACCACUCCCCAGCGUUCUGGAGCAAGGGCAUCUACGAUCUGCCUAAUCGUCGGCAGAAGACCAUGGAUGCCAAUGGGGCGCACUUUAAAUGA